AUUCAUAAAUAUUUGGAGAUGCAUAAGCGAAGAAGACAAACAGAGAACUAACUUAACCGCGCUCUCCUUGGACGAGGACGUGAGAAGUCUUUCGAUGUCUAGAGCGAAUACUGUGUUAGCAAUCUCCGAAACCGGUACUUUGAGCCUAUUCGGAAAUGUGACUUCUACCUCUUUGUCUACAUCGCAGAGCAAAAAGAAGAAAAGAUAUGCAACUCGAGCACCUGACUGUAUAGUCAAGGUCAUAAACGAAAAAGGAUCAACGAUAAUACCAAUUAUUUCCGCUUGUUUUGUGGAUCAAUCAGAAAAUAAAGAGGCUGGUUGGAUAAUUAUCGCUCGAGGGAAUACGGUGAAACCGACUUUCGAAAAAGUGCGGUUUAUAGACGAAGAAAGCGGCAACUUUUUGCAAGAGUUGACGUUAACGCGUCACCAACCAAACGGAUUUCUAGUCGACGAAUCUAAUUUGGCAUCCAAGAACUUG